AACCAACCUGUGAUGUUGUCAGUGGGCUCUCGAUGUAUAAGUUCGUCAGCACUUUGAAGGGCAGUUUAAAGUCUUUGAAGAUUGUGAGGUGGUAAGGGCACUAAAGGACUUUCUUCACCAGAAAAUUUAAAGUACAAGAAUUUCAAGAAAUUCGUUCAUCAUGUUUCUUCUUCCGGUGAUGCUGUUGCUUUUCUCUGGUGGUUCGGCUGAAGUUGUGGAUGAUUUUAUAAAUAAGUGUCCUCAGUAUUUCAUGGACAAAAUAACACCAAAAAUACUAAGUGGAAAUCAGUACAAAGAGAUCUGCCAGACUCUAGGUAACAUAACAUAUUAUGCCACACUUUAUGAUACCGACAACAAGAUCCCUGUGUAUUCUGCUUAUAACUUGGCAGCGAGGGUUCAGUGCGUAAGACUGAACAACUGGUUAAUUGAGCCUCAGCUUGACAACUUUCAAGGAAACAACAUGGAACGACAGAACAAGCGUAUUUUAUUGAACCAAGCUUCCGAUAAAGACUAUGAGAAGUCGGGCUAUGACAGAGGACACUUGGCUCCAGUCUAUCAUGCAGCUUCACAGGAAUGUGCUGGAGCCACAUUCACUCUUACUAAUGCUGCCCCUCAACUCGGAUCGUUCAACAAAAAAUGGUACCAUGAGGUAGAAAAAAAUAUGGCGUCAACUGUGACAAAUCAAUGUUUACGAGAUACUGCUCACAUUGUUACAGGAGUCGUUCCAGGUACUAAUAUCAUUGCAAAUAGAGUAAGAGUGCCUAGUCAUUUCUGGUCUGCAUACUGUUGCAAGAAUCAAGCAAACCAACGGAUCUCAGGGGGUGUCAUUGGAGAAAACUCUCAGAACAGUACUAUUGCCCAAAAGACUGUGAAAGAUUUAGAGACUGAUUUGAAAACGCGUUAUUCAGUUACUGGGUCUUUUUAUCUUUUUGAUAAUAAUUGCAGAGAUGCUACCUAUGUUCCAGUGAAACCAUAGUAAAUAAUUUUGUUGGCUUGGACAAAUUAAUUAAACUCAAACCAAUACAUUAAAUAAGGGCAAUUAGAAACACAACAUACAGUAUGUGCAUGUGUGUGCAUAUUCAGUCACAGUUGUGCGGCUCCAUUUCAUACAAUCUGUCUAAAUGUUAUAAUAACCCAUCUGAUAUAUUUUUUUUAAUUUAUGUUAACUAAAUGCUGUGAUUCAAAGUGAUUCAAGUGAAAUUUUUAAUACAAUAUUUGUUAUGCUAAAUUUGUUAAUAGUAAUUUUAAAUAUAAAAUUGUAAACUGGCAACAAUAAUAAACAUAUAUGA